AUGACGGGAUCUUCCGGACGGACAAGGAAGUCGUCGAGCUCCUUCAACCAGGUCGGCAUCCGGGACAACGGGUGGGGCCGACGGCGUUCGGCACCGGGACCAAAUGGUCACAGUCCCGGAUCCGAACCGGGACAGUUGCCGGAACCGAUGCCAUCGCCAGAGCCCACGCUAUCGCCACAAUCGCCUUUGCCUUCCCGCAGCGAGACGGGCCUCGCGUCGCAUGAGCCGUCAAUGAUCCCGGACGAGGAAAUGAAGCUUGACUACCUUCUGCGCAAAGCAGACGAACGCAUUGUCUCGAGUGGUGCUCCUCUCCAUCACGGAUGGAAGCAUUUGCAUUCAGAUCUCCUGCACGAGCUCGUCACAGAGCUACAAAAUGUGGGCCCCGGGGCGAUCCGCGGUCUCAGGGCAAUGCACACCUCUGUUGCUUGCCUCAUCAUCUUGAUCGGUUGCUACGUGAAUGGCAAGAUGGACAAGCCAGAGGAUCUCACAUCGGUGAAGUGCGGGGUCCAAGACAUUGUUCUGGGCUAUUGCACUGUGCCUUGCUACGAGGCACGUGAAGAAGCUUAUCAGGCGCUCACAACUCUGAGCUCCAGCGACCACAGCCUUGUGAAGAGGAACUGCUCGGAACUUGUGCAGCUGCUGCUCAUUCACGGUCCCAGAGACCAUGACAUCAUCAACGAGAUGCUAGCUAAGCAUAUGGACCUGGCUCUCUCCGACUGCUUGCAGGUCAUGGUCGACGAGUACUGCGCUGGGCCACCCAAGAGCCUCAUUCUAGACUUCUUGACCUCGGACCAGGGCCGUGACGCAUUGGCCACUGUCAUAGGCGAUCCUGUCCAAGAGAUCAAGCUUGCACAGAUGCUUGCGCCUGUUCUGCCUCUCGCAGGCCCCAGCCACAUAGGAAAGGUCAUCGACAUCUUAUCCUCUCUUCAGGAUAUCUGGCUCGACCCAGAAGGGCCCCCGACCGACCAGCAACUGGCCCGCGACAUGCAGUCAGCCGAAGCAGCACUUUUGUGGCACUUGUGCUUGGCGCUUAUGGUGCAGGGCGGCACUUACAAAUAUCCAACCAAGCCGAACACAGUUCUGGAGUCAGUCAGGAUCGAAACUAUUGUAAACCUGGCUUUUGCUCCCCCAACAUUCAUCAAGGGUGGACUCGCUCACUUCGAGAGACUUGUUCAGACCGCAUUGGACGGCAGUACUUCCAAAGUCCUUUCCCGUGCACAGACCAAGCCUUCGGCCUCUAAGGUCUUCAUCGAAGAACUGGAAGACUCCAUCAGGUACUUCUUCUGCGUUCUGCCGGCACAAUCCAAUGCUCAAGCAGCAGAAGAGUGUCUGCAGUACUUCUCCCCAGCUCAGCAGGUAGCAUUCUUUCGCUCCACAGCCAACUUGGCUGCAAGGAUCUUGGCAGCAGAAAGGCUUUGUCCUGUGGAGCUUGGCUUCUCCGCAGAGUCUCAUGCUCAAGAGAUGUUGGGAGUGAUCUCACGCGCAUUGAUGGAAGUGGACGUUGGAGGAACCAUUGGCGUACCUACGCUCAAGGAAGCCGAGCAGAAAGCUCGAGAUGCAUGUCUCGUCCUUGCGGCCGAAGCUCUCUUGGCAGCAGCUCACCAUUGCGAGUUGACUCUCACUUUGUCAUCUUGCGCGGCAGCAUCGUUCUCACGUGAUGUCAAAGCGCAUCUUCGGGCACUGAUGGACUUGGCUGGUGAUGCUCGCCGCCUCCCGGAGGAGGUGCAUGCCUCAGCUGCCAUGCUGUUGCGACUCUGCGAAGAGUACACCACUUCGCGUCGACCACGCCAAACCGGUGAUCACAUUGCCCUCAAGCCCGAGUGGCUGAUGCCGCCGCCUCCUUUCCCCGAGUCCAAUCUUGCCGCCUCCACGCCAGCUUGGAAGCCCAUUGGUUCGAAGGGUCGCUCAUCCACCGACGCAGGGCACAAAGCGCGCAAAGGCGAAGGCAGUCCAGUUGGCUUGGCAACAACCAGACAAGUCCGCGGCCGCGAGAGUCCUGCCGAGGGGCAUCGAUCGCGCCGCUGA